UUUUGUUUUUGUUUUUUCGCACUCCAGCCCUUCUCUUUUCACUCCCCAACCAAGCAAGCAGAUCAACACAUUCAGGAAAUGAACGAACUGACAGCCAUGGACAAGGCCAAGGAUGGCUUCUUGGGUCUUGUAGCAACUCUCGAUGGCGAUGAACUCCUGUCCUUCGAGACCUUUAUUGGCGCGGCGAUCGGUAUAAGGAGCGCCUACAAAUGUUGAGCAAAGAGUACGAGAACCACCAGGAGGGCGACCAUGAACAUCAUGCAGGAUGCAGUCAUGAUCAUGAUAGACACGCCGGAAGCGGAGGCGGACAUGUGGCUCGAUCAGGAGGGUCAAAGAUCUUUCGAUUGAACAAGAUCAUUGAGGACCUGAGAGAACGUCUGCCCGUCAAUGCUGAGGCGCCCAGUGAAGAGAUUACCAUUCCAGGGUCUGAGGAGUUCGAGGGCUACACGAAGGACAACGUGGUCCAUGUCGACGGAUUCCUAUACACAGAAGACGAUGUCGACGAACUCUGCGACGCUGGGACACUCUCCCGGAACUACUGCCAAAAAUGUGGAUCAAAGGACACCAAGCCGCUGAACUUCAUUUCCCAUUCGGCCUCGGUCGUUCAGCUCCAGUUCUUGUUUCAAGUCGUCUUGAAGGACAGGGUCAAUAAUAAGGUCGUUCUCGAUGUCGGAUCCAGAUUAGGCGCCGUUCUCUAUGCUGGCCACUUGUUCACGGAGGCCAAAAAGUUGAUUGGUGUAGAGAUGAACGACUACUUCUGCAAACUCCAAACAGAAAUCGUUCGGAAACACCGCCUCCAGGAUAGAAUCGAGAUCAUUCACGACAACCUCCUAAAUCGCGCCUCACUCCUCCAAGGAGCCGACAUCAUUAUCAUGAACAACGUCUUCCAAUUUUUCUGCCCUCUCGACAUCCAACGCCAACUGUGGGAAUUCCUCUACACGAACCUCCGUCACAGAAAGGGUGCCCUCCUCGUCACCAUUCCCUCGCUCCAGGAACAACUCAAGGAUGCAGGUUUCGUCGAAUCAUCUACGAAAAAACCGAAGAACAAGAAGAAGAAGGUCCCCGCCAAACCUCCAGGCGUCAUUGCCGCUCAAAAAGAAGAGGCGGCAGCAGCAGAUGAGACUGCUGCUUCGGUCGGAAACUGGUCAAGCUGGUUGCGUGAGAUUGAGGUUAAGGUCACGGGCGAGGAGUUCGUUGAAGAUAUUAUGGAAGAUGAACUGGAGGAACUCAAGCUCAUCCAUGUAUAUGAAGUUAUUUAGACUGUCCAUUCUUUCAUAGAAAAUAAAAUGUAGGCAUGAGUACCAAAGGAACAAUUGAUUCGUUCACAAUUGUCUCCGCUUUAUA